AUGGACAGAUUGAUCAAAUCAGACGUUCAAGAACUGAAUCUGUUCUUCACCAAGGGCCAGAAAUGCUCCAUCACCUUCGAGUUAACCAAUCUGAUGCACACCAUGUCCGUAGCAGUUUCUCUCACUACAUCCAAUCCAUCAAAUUUUUCAUUUUCACAGUGUUUCUCUCUCAUCCCACCUCUCUCAACUGCGUCUUUCACUGUCUUUCUGAAUCAGCCGUGCGAUCAGCCGCCGCUAUCGAUGCCGCCGGAGACAGUCCUUGUUCGAUCAUCAAUGCUGCCGACCGGAAAAGCCCAUCAGGAUGAUCUCCGGCGACUGUUUUCGAAGCCCGGACCGCAUAUAUUCAAAGAUGCUACGCUACCGAUCUCAUUUGUUGGACCCCAUGUUGUUGAAUUUCUUCUUUCGCCUUCAAACAAGUCCCUGGAAAUGAAUUUUCUGUUUUCAAAAGCAAUUUCUUGGUGUGAUGACUCUCAGCUAAAUUCUUUGCUGAGAUUUGCUGCAAAGAAUGGGAAUUCAUACGCCGUUUCGGGCCUGGUCGAGGCUGGCGCAGAUGUAAAUGAAAGGGAUUUAGAGGGAGAAUCUGCCUUGUCCCUGGCUGUUAAAUCUGGAAAUGUUGAUUCUGUUCAGGUUUUGAUUGAAUCAGGUUCUACAAUAGACAACAAAAUUGACAGAUUUUUACACGAAACUGCAGCUUCGGGACAGGUUGAAUUAAUGGAAGUCUUGUGUUUAGGCUAUGUGGAUAUCGAGUUGAAUUCGGUAAAUUCUCAAAACCAAACAGCCCUUCAUGUAGCAGCAAUUCAUGGACAUGUUGAAGCACUUCAAUUUCUUCUUUCUAUAGGAAGUGAUCCCGAUAUUACCGAUUCUAAUGGAUGGACGCCGCUCCAUUUUGCUGCACGCGAAGGGAGUGUUGAAGCAGCCGAAUUCUUGCUAAACCACUCGUUUUUCGCCAAAUAUGCUUUGACUAAAGAAGGGAAGACCGCCUUUUCUCUAGCGGUCGAUAAGGGUAAUUCACACCUAUAUGAUAUGUUACAGUUAGGGGACAUGUUACAUAGGGCUGCAAGAAUUGAUGAUGUUCAUACUAUGAAAAGUUGUUUAGCUCAAGGGGGAAAAGUGAAUGGAAGGGAUCAAUAUGGCUGGACCCCUUUGCAUAGAGCUGCUUUUAAGGGUCAUAUUGAAAGUGUGAAGAUUUUGGUUAGCCAUGGGGCUCGGGUUGAUCUAGUCGAUGGCACUGGCUAUACUCCCCUUCUACGAGCAGUCGAGGCAGGACAUGUACAAGUUGCAAUGCAUCUUUUAUCUCAUGGAGCUAAGGCUAAUCUGAAAAGUCUUAAAGGAGUUGUUCCUUCUGAUUUGGAAUGUUUCAAGAAGUACAAUUCUCUUGUAAAUCCUUUAGAACAAGAGGAAGGGCUUAAACUUUGA